GCAUUUCUGUCUAUGAGCCACAUGCAUCAUAUUAUGCUCAACUUGGAAGAAUAAUGGUCACAUACGAUGUGAAGCAGAACUCCUGGCAUUGCCCUUGUGCCAGGUCAAGAAGAUCCUGGCUCCAUAAAUACUGUACAUUGCGAAAUGGCACCUUUUCCAGACUGAGCGUCAGCUAUUCAGGGCAGUUCAAAGCACAGAUCAGGCCAGUCCAAUUAAUGAACAUGUUGAUGAUGCAGGUCUACUGUACCCCCCAACAAAAGAGCUGGAAUCUAUGAUUCUCUACACCUUGAACAAGAAGACCAUCCCUGCUGUUCUUCCUGAGCACCUGCGCCUGCCUUCAUUUUCAAGCACAUACCCUACCAGCCUCAUUCCUGAUGAGAUGUUCUGCAAUAGAUGCGCUGGAAAUGUACCCUUAUCAGACCCUCUGCUCAUAACAUCAAAAGCCAACAUUUUUACAAAUAGAAUUAUCCAUGAUGUUUCUACUUACUCAAAAUGUUGCCACCAAUGUGGAAUCCACUACAGGUAUCAGGAGUGGAAAGAUGGCCUGCACAAUUUUAAUGACAGUGUCAUCCUUGACCUCCCCUUUUGCCUGCAUAUUCGAAACAUGCUACAGGUCCACACUGCUGUUGGAAGAGUGGUUGAGUGUCUGGAGCUCACCAUAAGGGAACAGUUUCCUCCAGCUAAAACAGUGCUCCACGCCUAUCUUCAUUUUGAGGCACUCACAAAACACGAGUAUGAAUACUCUUGUGUGACAUGUGGGGAUCAUCCAGCCGUUGUAAUCAUGGAUCUCCACAGAAAAGGAGCAUUCAAUAUGUCAUGUAAGUCAAUGUCAAAUUUAUUUAUAUAGCACUAUUUAACUCAACCAAGGUUGACCAAUGUGCUGCACAAUAAAACAGAUUCAAGAUAAGUGUGCUUCCAUGGACCAAAUUGAUAUUCUGUGCUUGGGGCAAAUAAUGCUUUCCAGGUCAAUUGACACAGCAUGUGCAUGUUUUCCAGCAGCAGGCUUUUAUCUAUUGAUUUCCAUUAUAUACAUAAUCUUAAUAAUACUUUGGCUUUCUUUAUGUUAUUGGUGAGUGACAUCAAACCACCAGUGACAUCAAACCACUGCCGAAGAAUUUUAACGGAUACGUGGAUAUGGAAGACUUCUGGGAGACACUGGCCCUGCAAAUGAUUGGUCGUGGCUUUGUAAAAAGACAGAGCGACAACCCCUUCACUGUUCACCCCAAUUACCAAUUCUGGGCACCGUGGAUUGGAAGACAUACACGCAAGUCCAAUCAGUGUCUCAACACAGAGUUUGAGAAAAUCCACCAACCCAAAGAAGCUGAGAUUUGUGAUAUAACUGUCUCUGAAGAUAGGCUUAAAAAUGAGCUUCAUAAGAAAAAGGUAUCAGUGAUAAGGAAGCUGUGCAAGGAAUGUGGCAUUGAUUCCAUUGGCUCAAAAACAGACCUCCUAGAGAGACUUUCAUCUGAAAUGAAAACUAGACAGACUUAUGACAAAGUGUUUGAAAAGAUUUGGGGUGCCUCAGGAGGAUGGGCUGUGGUAAUGUGCCCUUGUGGCAUUGUGAACAGCAUAAAAUGCUGUUUGCGCGCAGAGAGUCCGAGAGACUUUGCAGAUAUCCUCCUCUCAUGGAAGCACAUACCAAAUGUCGUCAUCUAUGAUUUCGCACGUGGACUGGCCACACACACCAAUCUUCGCUCCUCAGAGGUGCUAACAUUCACACCACAUGGAGGUCGUCUAGCUGACCCAACAGACAGCAACAUAAAGAUGGCAAAGGAGGGAAAGUUCAAGAUCUCCUUACCAUGGCUUAAUAUAAAAAAACAAGGCCCCGACAGCCAUGGCCAUCCAAUUACAGGCUCAGCAGAGCACUAUGUCCUCAAUGACAAAUUUCAUGAAGACAAUUCGAAAGAUCAACGGGAUGCUCUCCGCAAGAUUGGUAUUGUAGCCCAACUUGCUGGUAAAGUAAACAGCCAGGUUGUGGAGCAGUUUUUUAGCAAAUUAAAGAAAAAUAACUACUUUCUGAAUAUGACCCUUCCAUCAACCCACAUCUUCCUCAUGAGAAGUAUCAUCCACCACCACAACAGUCAGAAGAAUUUGAGAAGACUAGAGGCUUUCAAGAGAGUCUUUGGGACAGAAGUUGUGCUGAACAUCAGUCACCAGGCUGUUCUUGCUACUUUAGAUAUGUCAGAGACCUCCACUCAGCCUCAUGCCACAGAUGGCCAAGUGACCAAUGUUUGUGGCUCAGAGGCAACAGUAGAUGUGCCAGCUUUGCCAGAGUCUGUUUCCCCUGUAACAGGAAUAGUAACCUCUGCAGAUGGGAUCAUGCAGGAACAGCCUGAGCAUAUGAAUUUAGAUGAUGCAGAUGAAAAUUCAACCCAAGCUUGGAAGAAGCCUCAUAAUCCUCUACAAGACAAAUUGCUCAGAUACAUACUGGACACAAGGCGGCUGGCUGAUGAGGUCAUUGUGAAGGAGGGAGCGACAUGCCUUACAAGAGAAGAUUUUUGGACUUUAGGUUUGAGACGGGACAUGAAGUCUGAUAUUGGAAAUGCCUGCAUGAAAAUCAUCUAUGAAGAUGCUCGAGCACAUGGCAAAGACAUAUACAUUGCCGACCUGUAUCUUGUUCCAACAUGGAAAACUGGUAAAGAUCCCCUAGCGUACUUACCUACUGAUGCUGACAUGAAGGAUGCCCUUGUGUUUCCUGCAUGGACACAAGCUGCCGGCCCAGACCAUUAUGUUUUAUGUGAGUAUUGCACAUCGUCUCGAUCCUGGAAUGUGGACAGAAGUCGCAGGAUUGGAUAUUGGGGCCUUUCCUCAACAGACCAACAUCAAUGAUUGUGGGAUUUUUAUGCUCAUGUAUGCCCUCUACACUGUGCUGAACACUCCAUUUAAUUUCACUCUGAGAGUGGUGGUGUCUACGUCUCAUUGAGCGGUUUGAGACAGAGGGGCAUGGAAAAAGGUUUGCCCACUGGAACGAGGAGGCAAGGUGCCUGACUGAAGGGACAUUACAACCUCUUUACCGGGCUUUUCCAGGGCUAACUUAUGACCUGCCCCAACAUGUUGUUGUUGAGAGGAACCGAAGGUCAUGCAACCAAGCAUUGGUGGACUUCAUAGUAGCAACCAGAGGAACAGAUAACCACAUUCAGUCCAUCAUCAGUGGCCAAAAGAAGUCAAAGUGGCUUGACAUGUUUUCCAAUCCUUCUGCCAAGACCAUGCUUGUGCCUGUAUACAUCGACAAUCAGGACCAAAUUGAUGACAUCUACAUUCACCUCACUUCAGUUCAGUUCUAGACAGGACACCCACACACACUCACAGUGACACAAUUAAGUUUGUUCUGGAUGUCCUUUUUCCAGAGUCCAUCAUCUGUGCUCUUGCUGCUUUGCAAAAUCUCACCAUGCUGGAGGCUGAGGAGAAAUUUCUACAAGGGCCUGUCAUUGACAUAAGUGAGCGGGAGCAGUUUGACAGGAGGAUUAAACAUUUUUUAAAGAAGAGUGGCAACCCAUAGAGGUUGUUAUCGAGAGCCUAUGAUGAUCAUCAGUCCUCUUUUUGAUAAUGGUGUCAAUAAAUAAUGCUGUUCACAAGAAACUUGUCAUUUUUUUCUUUCAUAAAGCGGUGAAUUGUGUUUUUCUUCAUUAAAUAGUGUGCAGGACACUGUUCUAAAUAUUUUAUUGAUGGUUCAAAUGAU